ACUUCCUCCCCCUCUUCAUUCCCUCAUCUCUGUGUUAAAUCCCAAAUGGCUCUUAACAGCUCUUCUCCAAGUAUAUCAACCAUGCUUCUUGCUAUCUCCAGUCUCCUCUUCCUCUUCCUCUUCUUCACCUUCACAUCCGCCGCAGACAUGUCCAUCAUCACCUACGACAGCAAGCACGAGCAGUCAAACUGGAGAAGCGACGAGGAGGUGAUGAGCAUCUAUCAGUCAUGGCUGGUCAAGCACGGAAAAGCUGACAACGGAAUAGGGGAGAACGAGAGGCGGUUUCAGACUUUCAAAGAUAACUUGAGAUUCAUCGAUGAACACAACUCUCAGGACCGCCCGUACAAGGUGGGGUUGAACAAGUUUGCCGAUUUGACAAAUGAAGAAUACCGAUCGAUUUAUUUGGGUACCAGGAGUGAUGCUAAGCGGAGAGUCAUGAAGGCUAAAGUCGCCAGUCAAAGGUACGCUUAUAAGGCCAGUGAAACCUUGCCGGAAUCUGUAGAUUGGACAGAGCAGGGCGCAGUUAACCCCAUCAAAGAUCAAGGAAGUUGUGGAAGUUGCUGGGCAUUUUCAACCGUAGCAGCAGUAGAAGGAAUAAACAAGAUAGUGACUGGGGAGUUAAUCUCUCUAUCAGAGCAAGAACUUGUAGACUGUGACAAAGAUUACAACGCAGGCUGCAAUGGAGGUCUCAUGGACUACGCCUUCCAGUUUAUCAUCGACAAUGGUGGCAUGGACACUGAACAAGACUAUCCUUACCUUGGCGUCGACACCAAAUGCGACCUUGUUCGGAAGAAUGCUAAGGUUGUUAGCAUUGAUGGCUACGAGGAUGUGCUUCCUUUCGACGAGAAAUCCUUGAAAAAGGCUGUGGCACAUCAACCUGUCAGUGUUGCCAUUGAAGCUAGUGGCUUGGCUUUCCAACUCUACGACUCUGGGGUGUUCACCGGAGAGUGUGGGACGGCGCUAGACCACGGCGUUGUGGCAGUCGGAUACGGCACAGAGAAUGGUACAGAUUACUGGCUUGUGAGGAAUUCAUGGGGAACCACCUGGGGUGAAAGUGGAUACAUAAAAUUGCAGCGUAAUGCGGUGGAAAGUUUUGCCGGUAAGUGUGGCAUUGCCAUGGAGGCUUCUUAUCCUGUCAAAAAUAGCCCAAAUCCUGCUAAGGCUUACUGGGCUGAUGAAAUCACUGAGGGAAAGAUCAACAGUGCUUGAAAAUCUGUGGCUGAUAUAAGAGACAAAGUGAUGAAAAUUGCAAAUAAUAAUUAGCUGCUUAAUUUAAUAGUGUCCUUUCGGUUGAUUGUGAUUUAUGCCCUGUAUUCCUUCUUGGUCUAAGUUUAGCUGAGGAGUAGAGCAGGCCAUUGAUGUUAUCUGGUAAUGCUUGUUGUACAUAGCUCUCAAUUGUCAACGCCACCUAAAGACUUUGUAUUAUUAUGAUAAACUGAUUCAAUGUCAUUUCCUUUCAAAUUUGAUAAUCAGUUUAUGUUGUGA